CCUAGUUAGCGCCGUCUGCAGAAGUGGAACUUUAACGCGGCUCGACAUGCUGCUUAAGUGUCCGUUCCAAUUGGAUCGAGUGCUGACGAUAUCCCUCCUCGUGGUCUUCGUGGCUUCGCCAAUCACACUAUUCGCAGCAGCGAAAGAACAAUGUGAAAGCAUUGAUACGUAUAUCGACAGCAUCCUUAAUGAAGGUCUAUCCGGCACCUCCAACUGCAUAGAGCCUGCAUCGGUUCGGGAGUUUCCAGUGAACAUUACAGUGAAUUGCACAGUUAUCGAAGGAGGAUUUCGGAACGGAAUUGUUACUGGUCUUACAUCGGCUAAGAGGAAGGGGAGCUGCAACAGAAGCGGUAGUGACGACGGAGGAGAACUCUACACCUGUCCCUUGUCUCUCAACGGAACCUUCAUAAAUUAUUACGGCUUUGUGAAGGCUGGCUACAAUUUCAGACCCAAUCAUUAUUGCUUCAUGGGAUUGGCCAUCAAGAACAGCACCGUGCAAGCACAAUUGUCAAUCAAAAACGAAGCCGUCACUUUGAAGACGCUUUGCUUGGAAGAGGUCGACUUCGAGUUCACUCACGUUAUCGAUGACAAGCAGAAGUACCUGUUUGAGCGUACAGUGAAGCCUAUUGUGUUAGAUAUAUUUAGCGGCCUCGUAAACUCUACAUUCCGUGAUUCUUUAAGUGACGCCAUAGCGAAAAAAUAUACGUCCUUGGGUGAUGUACCUAUUGUCGAUUGAAUAAACAAAUUGAAUCG